GGGAGGCGCUGGAGGUUGUCUUCUUCCUGUGCCGAUUCCAAACCUGGGAUAUAGUCCGCUGCCCGUGUGAGUUGCCGCUCCCGUGGCUAAUGUCACAUACAAUCCCGUCUCUCUGGGCAGUUGAUUGGAGCAAUGGGCGAAAAGCCAGAGCGCCUUUGGCAUCCUCCAAGUGUCAAUGACAAGAAACUUGGGAAGUCUCGAUGAGCGUUCCAACUUCUGAGAAACUCGUCAUCCGCUCGGGAUUGGGACUGGGUCGAAAAGGCACAUCUGAUCCGUCGUUGUCUUCAACUGUGAUUCUUCGACUCGUUUCCGCCGCUAACCCCUUGCUUACUACCACAUUGCCAUUCUCCCUUCCGGAAACUAUUCCUGAUACCGGCCAGCAUGUCGGGCACCCAAUUACACAAAGGAUGGUUCAAGCCGGGGGGGGGGAUCGCCCUUCAACCACAGUUCUGGGACCUGUGCACGGAUCGCGGGAGCCCACGCCUGCAGCCUCGCUAACCCAGUUCCGGUUGGCGUACUGCCCGGGUCACCUCAGCUUGUCGCGAUGCUGGUUGCUGGCUGCUGACCUUGCUGCCCUACCCUGCUGUGGUACCGUGCCCGGUGCCUCCAUACCCGACGGUAUGGAUCGUGAUGCAUUCUGCAACUUGCUUGGGGUUACGAACCCAUCUGUUGGGUUCAAGCCCUGAGCCCGAAUAGAGUAACGGCAUCCAGGACGUCAGCUUCACUUGACAAGCUUGUUUCGGGAGGUCCUUGUUAGAUGAUGUAGAUGAAACUGCAUUACCAGGGGCUAUGCGCCAGGUGAAUCGUGAGCGUUGCUGUCAGC